GUUUGACCACUUCCUGCGGAAAACAAAUGCACACCAUACUAAUUUUGUGGGAAGACUACAAAAAGAAAUAAUUGGACGCCAGAACCUUGCAAUCUUCUGUUUUCCCCCAAGAAUGGCAUUUCCGUCAAAAUGGCUGAAAAGUGGAGACAAGAGUUUGAUACGUUUAAAUGGCAGAAGUGAUUUUCGUAUGAGUUUGAUUAGCGAAUUUGAGAAUUUCUGACUUGAAGAUAAGUGUGUUGACAUUAUUUCUUGUAGAACUGACAACCCUUGUUCGCAUCCGUGCCUUAAGAUAUGCUCGGAACAUUUUUUUAACCUUCUACCUGGAUUUACAUACAUCUCUGGAAGAUAGCAAAAGAGCAUGCAGCAUCCGCAGAAGCUUUGUUCCUACAGCAGUCGGUUUUUCCUGUGAGCAACAUCUUCAGUCAUGAACAUUGAGAGACAGUUCUUCCUCUGUGUGCUACUCGGUUCGAGUUUGGUCCACAUCGCUCGCUGUUUGGACUACAGCGAUCUGGAAGGAUUCGGGCUCAACUGUCCCAACAGAUUCAGUUGCUCCCUUAUCAGUAACAGACAGUCAUUUGGCAGCCGGAACUGUGAAUGUGAUCCCGCCUGUGUUGCUUACGAUGACUGUUGCAUCGAUGCGAAGCCCUUAGUCCGAAGGCGACAGAGGCCCCGCCCUGUUAACAACAAAAGGCUUUGCCUUCCUUAUGGUGGUUACAAAACUUUGGGCGUAUAUGUAGUCAACCAGUGCGCGAGAGGCUGGGACGGACCACCAGAGGUACUCUUCAAGUGUCGAGGGCCCAUGGAUCUUAGGGACCCACUAAACGCAGUGCCGCUUACCAGUGUGUCGCAGGGUCGCACUUAUCGCAACAGAUAUUGUGCAGAAUGCAAUGGCGGCAAUCCGUCUGAUCUACUCACUUGGAGGAUUCACCUUGAUUGCGAAAAUCUUCCCCUGAACGUCUCCAACUCGAAUGUGUGGGAAAACCUCGAGUGGAGUGAAACCACAGAGCAGUGGGGGGUGUACAGGUGGAAUCGCAACAGGGGUGAAAGGACGUUCUAUCCUUGUAUGCUGGUGUUCGAUAUCCCGCCAUCGGCCACCACUAGUGUUCGCCACUGCAGGGCGGGGAUGAUAUCGACUUGCAAAAGGGACUGGACCCGAGAAAGUGUCAGGAAGGCUUGCGAGUCGUACAUGGCUGCGGUCUACACUGGAUCCGAAUCGUACCGCAAUCCGCAUUGCGCUGUAUGCAAUCACUUGACUCUUGAUAAGUUCUCGUGCGAAGAGGGCUUGACUUCGAGGAAGAGACCUCUCUCGUUCGCCCUGCUCUUGGAUGUCAAUGGUGAAGGUGAUCAAGUAGGCGUGUCUCGCCAAGUCACGCCCCGGUGUCCUUCUGGGGAGAUGUACGACCCUUUCUUCAAGAAAUGCAGGGAAUUGGUGUGUGCCCUCCCCGGAUAUAGGAUGAGAAAUGGAAAGUGCCAACCGCCUUGAUAUUUUUCCUCGUCGGUUUUUACCUUUGGAUUUGAAACUGUCAGUUUUACUGGAUGAAUUUUAAUGUCUGAAACUUAGUGCCAAGUAUUUAAUUUUUAGCCUUAUUGUAAGUCAUCGUAUGAGUGUUCCCAGCAACUCGAAAUAAGGAUUCCUUUAUCCAAUCUUUUCAGUAUGUAGGGUAGACUAAUCAGUGAAUGAACACUUAAGCGCAUUUUUUAUUUUCAAAAAUUCGCAGCAUCGUUAAAAAUUGUGGUACCUGCCACAUGACAGUAAGAACGCAUUAAAUGAUGAACGCAUUAAAGUUACUUUAAAAAAUAAUGUAAGAAUUUUUAUGGUUCUGUAUCAAGGCUUUUUGGAGUGGUUGAAAUGAAAGAAAGUGCCCCGACUCAAUGAAUGAACUCUCCCCUCCCCCUCCAACCAUUAGACAAACACAGCAUUUUCUAGUCAUUUUCUUUCUGGAAAUGGGUAGAAGGGAGUUACAAUUUCCAAUUCAUCAUUGAAAAAUGUUUUUAAGCAUUUUUUUUCACAAAAACUACGAGGAAUCCACUAGGUGAUGGUCAUCCACUGGUCGGUCUACCCUAAUACUCAAUUUUCUAUAGGUGUCAAGAUAGUGAUAAAGUACUUUUUUUUAAAGUACUUUAAGUUUGGAUAUUAAUCGAAAAAUAUAACAGCUUGUAUAUACAAAUAUAUAUAAAUGACUUUAGACUUACGGCCCCAAAAAAUAUACUUUCAUUUUCAAUCCUUCUGUGUCGCUGUUGGAUGAAACUAAGGUGAGAUUGCUAAGCCAUGUACAGGCAAGCGUGUUUGGGAAAGCACGGCCACUUGAUAACCUUCACCAUUGGUCACUUUCCCCGCGCAUUUCUGGAAGGGGUGUUCAACCCUUCAGAAAAAAUACAGAGAAUAAGUACGCUUACUCCUUGGACAUAUAAUGAAGAUUCCUACCACGUUAUCUUUUUUUAUGUAAUAUGUUUUGUCAAUUUUUAGCUUUAGAUUUCGUGUUAUGGAUGAAUAAUUAAGAUAAAUUGACAGCUUAUUUACUCAUUUACUUGUUACUGAUGCACAUUUAAUAACUGUGUAUCCAAAUGAACCCGUUGCUCAACUCUUGCUUAUGUAAUCAAAAGAAAAGUGUAAUGCUUUAUUUUUUGCGUAUCAUUGAGAUUGAGGUUUAAAGUGCAACAUUUACUAGGCUAAUGAUUUUUUUCCUCCUGAUUAUCUUUUAUAGUUUGCUUAUCAUUUUGUUAUUUCAACUUGAAACAGUUCAUCAAGAGUGAUUUUUUUACUUUUAAUCCUCGGAAUUAUAAGUUUCUAACAACACUAAAUUAUUUUACUUUGCAUGCCAGCAUUUUAUUAUCAGUAAUGUUUUGCAUUUACCGUUUACAAACGCGUUGAAAAAUGUAAUGAAGUUCUUUAUUGUUAUUGCCAAAUGAAUCGGGUGUUAUCUUUAUUUUCAAAAUAUCUAUUUGUGAAACCAUAGAAAAGAGACAGUUUGAAUCAAAACUUGUUUUGCUUCCUCUCUGUUGUGUCAUUUUAUUUCUCUUUUAAGUAUAUGUUUGAAAUAAAAAUGUAAAA